UGCUGCUGCUGCUGGCGGGACUUGCACAUGGUGCCUCUGCAGUGUUCACCGUGAAAGACAGCAAUGGAACGACUUGCAUAAUGGCCAAUUUCUCUGCUAACUUCUUGAUGAGCUACGAGACUGAGCAUGGUUCUCGGAAUGCGUCCAUCAGCCUGCCCCCCUCUGCUGAAGUACUGAAUAGCAGCUCCUGUGGAGGGAGAUCUUCUGACCCCAGUCUCACAAUUGCUUUUGGAAGAGGAUACUCACUGACUUUCAAUUUCACAAGAAAUGCAACACGUUACCAAGUCCAGACCAUGCGCUUCACUUAUAACAUGUCAGACACGAAAACUUUCCCCAACGCCAGCUCCAAGGGAAGUCAGUCUGAGGAGUCCUUCACUGACAUCAAAGCAGACAUUGACAAAAAGUACCGGUGUGUCAAUGCCAUGCAGAUCCACAUGCAUGGUGUGGUCGUCACACUCAAGGAUGCCACCAUCCAAGCCUACCUGUCCAACAGCAACUUCAGCCAGGGAGAGACACACUGCAGGCAGGACAAGCCCUCUCCUACCACCACGCCUCCUGCACCUACCACUCCUCAUGCGCCUACCACGCCUCAUGCGCCUACCACACCUCCAGCACCUCCUGGACCUACCACAGCUCCUGCACCUCCCGCCCCUACCACACCUCCACGUCCAGCACCCACAGCUGGGCCCACAAGCCCCUCGGUGUCCAGGUACAAUGUGAGCGGCACCAACGGGACCUGCCUGCUGGCCAGCAUGGGGCUGCAGCUGAAUCUCACCUACGGGCGGAAAGACAACACGACUGUGGUCCGAGUGUUCAACAUCAACCCAAACCAGACCAGAGCUUUUGGGAGCUGUGGUGCCCAGAUGGUGGUCCUGAACUUGCACAGCGAGGAGGGGUUCUUCCUGACCUUGCAGUUUGGCAUGAAUGCAAGUGCUAGCCAGUUUUUCCUGCAAGGAGUCGGGUUGAACAUUACUCUUCCUGAUGCCGAAGUGCCCAUGUUCCAAGCUUCCAACAACACACUGCGAGCCUUGCAGGCCACCGUCGGGAACUCCUACAAGUGCAACGCUGAGGAGCGACUAUACGUCACCCAAGCCUUCUCCCUCAACAUCUUCAGUGUGUGGGUGCAGGCAUUCAGAGUGGACGGGGACAGAUUCGGGUCUGUGGAAGAGUGUCUGCUGGACGGGAACAACAUGCUGAUCCCCAUCGCUGUGGGUGGCGCCCUGGCGGGACUGGUCCUCAUCGUCCUCAUCGCCUACCUCAUUGGCAGGAAGAGGAGUCAUGCCGGCUAUCAGACCAUCUAGCCGGCCGGUAGGCGCUGUGCGGACCUGCGGGGUCUGUGCUCUGGUCCCCGUGCUUAGGUGAAUGGGAGGGGAUGAUACUUUCUGGCAAACUGUUUUCAAAUCUGCUUUAUCAAAUGUGAAGUUCAUCUUGCAACAUUUACUAUGCACAGAGGAGUAACUAUUGAAAUGAUGGUGUUAAUUUUGCUAACUGGGUUAAAUAUUUUGCUAACUGGUUAAAUGUUAAUAUUACCAAAGUAGAACUCUAAAGGAGGACAAGAGUGCUUUUCUGAAUUGGCACAGGCUCAACUCUCAUUCGACGUUUUAAGAUUUGGUGUUUGGUUUCUUCAUUCUUUGCUCAGAUUUAAGCCUUACAAAGGGAAUCUCUGGUCUGAACUCUGGGGACUGAUGGAGGGUGGCUGAUCACUAAGCCUUCACAUUUAAGAACUGAAGACAAAGCAGAAGCGCUCGGCGUGAACAUCUGGACGCCCAGAUUGCACUGUUAGAUGUGGGGGACCAUCAGAUGUCUCCCACAUUCUGCCAGCUGUGAGCUGGUACUUUUUUAGUAUAAAAGGGGCGUUUUUUAUUUACUUUUUGUAAAGUGGUUUUCAGUCUUCUGUUGGCAUUCAGGACGACCCUGUUUCUGCACUGUGUACAAGAAUAUUCACUCCGCCAGUGUAGCCGUGGUGGCUGGAGGUUGUACACUGAAGAUCGGCUCACACCUAACGCAUUGCCUGUAACAAUGCUAAUAAAAAGUCUCCUUUUUCCGUC